UUUCCCACUGAAAUUGGUUCUAAUUUGCAGAUGUUCUCUUCCACAUAUGACUCUAACCCUUUUCCUAGCUUUCCCUCAUCUUCUUACCCUACCCUUCCUUAUCUUAUUGACCCUGAAAAUGGUUUUGCAAGUAACACCCUUCUUGAUGAAUCACUUGUUCCCUUCAUACCCAAUACAAAUGAUGCUCCAUUCCCAGAUGAAACUCUUGCCAAUUUGGCUGUUGCAGACUGCACUGCCAUGCUUGAACAGAAUGCAAAUAAUAAUGGCUAUGGUGUCCACUAUGGUAGUAUUCCCAAUUUUCUCACCCAGAAACCAACCAUAGCCAGGAAAGAUAGGCACAGUAAGAUUCACACAUCUCAGGGUUUGAGGGACCGAAGGGUGAGAUUGUCUAGCGAAAUAGCUCGCAAGUUCUUUGAUCUUCAGGACAUGCUAGAGUUUGACAAACCUAGUAAUACCCUUGAGUGGCUCUUCACAAAAUCUGAGAAUGCAAUCAAAGAACUAGCUCGAAGUAAGCAUAGCAGCUGCAGUGGGGGUGACAAGUGCUCCUGUGAACCUGCUGAGCCACACGGUGUGGAUUCAAAUGACAAAUCAUUGGUUGGUGUUGAUGCUUCAAAUAAAGGGAGGAAGUUGAAAUGGACACAGAGGGAAGAAGCUUGUGUUCAGACAAAAAAGGAGUCAAGGGAAAGGGCAAGGGCAAGAGCAAGAGAAAGGACUUGUUACAAGAUGUGCAACACUGGGAAGGUGCAAGACUUGGACGAUAGGUGCCCUGCAACUGCAAAUACUCAUCAAAUACUGCACCAAUUGAGGUCAUCCAUUCAGCCUGAACCUGAGGCUUGUGCAAGAUGGCCUCAAAUGGUUCAACCUUACCCUUACCUACUUGACAGUGAAGCACCAAGAGAUGGCUUUAACGUUAUUGAGGAAUCUAUUAUGAUAAAAAGAAAUAUGAAGCCAUCUUUGAUGUCUUCUCAUCAUCACCAAAACCUUGUGAUCCCUAAGGAAGCAAGUUUUAACAACAUUAAUGACUACCACUUAUUGCCCUAUUCGACUUCAAAUUGGGAUAAUAAUGUGGCCAUUAAUGGACGCUCCAACUUUUGUGGAAUAGCCACCAUGAAUCUGUCUACAUGUUUCAUGAACCAGUGAGCUUGAAAUCUUUGGAAAUUCUAGGGAGGAGUGCAACAAUCACAGUCCAAACUCGUUUGCUAGUUUUCGGUAAUAUCUGAUCAGAAUGAAUCCUCAAGUGCUUUUCCUAGUAAUCAUCGCAUCUUUCUGUGUUCUCUAUCAGUAACUUUUUCUGCCCUAUAUUCCCAUUUUACAAUGUUUGUACUGAUUCUUGCUGAUAAUCAGCCAAUGGCAUAUCAAA